AAGAAGACCAAACUACAACGUCAUCGACCCGCGCCCAACGACCAAAUGCCGAACAAGGAAAGCGCAGUAGCUUGAAAUACAAUAGAUAUAUUUUCACCUGGCCACUUACCUUACCCUACGUACCCUAAACGGGGGGUUGGUUUGAAUUUUAAACCCCAAAGAUGUCUUUGGCGGACGAGCUACUAGCGGAUCUUGAGGAGGCCGGGGAGGAAGGCGAAGACGACCUCUAUGGAGGAACAGAGGAGGGAGAUAGUGAUGGCGAAGUUGCAGAAUGCAAAGCCGAAGGCAUGUUGGAAGACAUCCCUGAGGAGAUGGAGCUGGACUACGCUGGGACAGAGAGUGUAUCAUCUAUCGCCAAGCUCCGAGACAGCAAGCAGUUUUCAGAAAUCAUGGACAAAAUCAAAAUCUAUGUUGGAAAGCAGCGGAAAAACUCAGAAGUUAUGGGCCCAGUGGAGUCAGACCCAGAAUACAGACUCAUCGUUGCAGCCAAUAACCUCACAGUAGAGAUUGAAAAUGAACUGAAUAUCAUUCACAAGUUUACCCGUGACAAAUACUCAAAGAGGUUUCCAGAGCUCGAGUCACUUGUGCCAACCUCUCUGGAUUACGUUCGGACGGUCAAAGAACUUGGGAACAAUUUGGACAAGUGCAAGAACAACGAGAAUUUGCAGCAGAUCCUCACUAAUGCCACGAUCAUGGUGGUCAGCGUCACAGCGUCUACAACACAGGGGACUAUGCUUGGCGAUGAUGAACUGAAGAAGCUGGAGGAGGCCUGUGACAUGGCCCUGGAACUAAACCAAUCCAAACACCAGAUCUACGAAUACGUAGAAUCCAGGAUGUCCUUCAUCGCUCCUAAUGUCUCCAUCAUCGUAGGAGCAUCAACGGCGGCCAAGAUCAUGGGUAUUGCCGGAGGCCUGACCAACCUGGCUAAGAUGCCGGCCUGUAACCUCAUGUUGUUGGGAGCCCAGAGGAGAACCUUGUCUGGCUUCAGCAGCACCUCCCUGCUGCCCCACACAGGCUACAUCUACCACUGUGACGUGGUGCAGUCGCUGCCCCCUGACCUGAGGAGGAAAGCGGCUCGUCUGGUGGCCUCAAAGUGCACUCUGGCCGCCCGAGUGGACAGCUUCCAUGAGAGUGGUGUAGGGAAGGUCGGCUACGACCUGAAGGAGGAGAUAGAGAGGAAGUUUGACAAAUGGCAGGAGCCUCCCCCAGUGAAAACAGUGAAGCCCCUGCCGGCCCCACUGGACGGCCAGCGGAAAAAGAGAGGUGGAAGGAGGUAUCGUAAGAUGAAGGAGCGCCUGGGUCUGACGGAGAUCAGGAAACACGCCAACAGGAUGACCUUUGCAGAGAUUGAAGACGAUGCCUACCAAGAGGAUCUGGGCUUCAGUCUGGGUCAGCUGGGUAAGAGUGGCAGCGGGCGAGUCAGGCAGGCGCAGGUCAACGAGGCCACAAAGGCCCGGAUCUCCAAGUCCCUCCAGAGGACAUUGCAGAAGCAGAGCAUGACGUAUGGGGGCAAGUCUACCGUCAGAGACCGCUCUUCGGGAAUCAGUUCCAGCGUGGCUUUUACUCCGCUUCAGGGCUUAGAGAUUGUGAACCCGCAGGCAGCAGAGAAGAAGGUGGCUGAGGCCAACCAGAAAUACUUUUCCAACACGUCCGAGUUUGUUAAGGUGAAGAAGGAAUAAUGGUCUAUUUUGUUUAGUUUUUUUAAAGCCACUGGUCAGACAUUGUGAGUGAUGGUAUUUUUUCAAUUUGUAAAUGACUUGGACAUUAUGCUCUCCCCAUCCACACCAAAACACACACGUCUCCCCUUAUUUGUUUUAUUUUUACGUAUUGAUUUGUGGUUGUGAAUAAAAGCCAUUUCUUAAA